AUGGCAGGGCAAUCGGACAGGGCGCAGGUGGAAUCAUCUGCUCCUCGACCAGCUACACGCCCCCCACGUCCACCUUUCUAUCUUCCUCUCAAUGCCACUCUCUACCUGUGUUUGAUUGUGAAUGGCCUUGCUGCGCUGUAUUCACCGAUUCAAGACUGUGAUGAAGUCUUCAACUUUUGGGAGCCUACCCAUUAUAUCUCCCAUGGAUACGGAUUGCAGACAUGGGAAUAUUCGCCGGUGUACUCAAUCCGAAGCUGGCUGUACGUGUCUCUCCACGCAGCAAUCGGCAAGCUGGGCUCCUUGAUCGUUCCCACAAAGGCAGCUGAGUUCUACUUUAUUCGCUGUGGUCUCGCUGUCUUCUGUGCUGCUUGCCAGACGCGACUCUACUCCUCGAUCUGCCGGACUUUGAAUCCUCGUAUCGGCCUGUUGUUUAUCCUCAUCGCCUUGUUCAGUCCUGGCAUAUUCCAUGCGUCAACCGCUUUCCUUCCAUCAACAUUCACCAUGUAUACUGGCAUGCUUGGAUUGAGCGCAUUCCUGGACUUGAGAGAUAGCCACAAGACUGCGCAGGGAAUCAUGUGGUUCGGGCUUGGUUCAAUCGUUGGAUGGCCGUUCGCAGGCGCUCUCAUGGUUCCUCUCCUACUUGAGGAGCUGAUUCUGAGUGUUAUCUCACAAAAGCUGUGGCCAUUUGUGGUCUCUGUAGUCGACGGUGGUCUUCGAUGUCUCGCGAUCUUGGCUCUCGAGGUAGCAGUCGAUUACGUCUUCUUCCGAAAAAUCGCCCUGGUGCCUUGGAAUAUCGUCGCAUACAACAUAUUUGGAGGGCAGGGCAGAGGGCCCGAGAUUUUUGGUGUUGAACCGUGGACAUUCUACAUGCGAAAUCUUCUACUGAAUUUCAAUGUGUGGUUCCUUCUCGCCAUGUUGUCCGCGCCGCUUGUUCUGCUCCAGGCCGUCCUCCGCCACAAAGACAAAUUCUUCCCAACACUCAUUCGCUCGAUCGCCUUGGUGACCCCGUUCUAUAUGUGGUUUGCCAUAUUCACCAUUCAACCACACAAGGAGGAACGGUUUAUGUAUCCGGCAUACCCUUUCCUGGCGCUCAAUGCUGCCCUUGCCUUUCAUUUGGCAUUAACCUUGAUUGGAUCCGGAGACCCACAGGGUGUGAUGAGGCGCGUACCGGCCAAGUUGAAGUUGGGCGCCGUGCUUGCUAUGAUUUUGUUGGCCAUUAAUGCUGGGAUGCUCCGUACUCUUGGAAUGGUUACUGCAUACAGUGCACCCUUGAACGUUCUUGAGCCCUUGCAGCGAUUGGGCACUGCUCGCGAGGGGGCAUAUGUAUGCCUCGGCAAGGAAUGGUAUCGCUUUCCUUCCUCUUACCUUCUGCCACAAAACAUGCGUGCGAAGUUCAUUCGAAGCGAGUUUCAGGGCUUGUUGCCUGGUGAAUUUCCCGAGGCAACAGAUCUUGCUGGUCGUGUCGGGGGGGGGUCACAGAUCCCCUCGGGCAUGAACGACCUCAAUAUCGAAGAUCCUAGUAAAUAUGUCGACAUCUCGCAGUGCUCCUUCCUUGUUGACAGCUCGUUUCCUGGUAGGAAACCCACCGAGUUAGAGCCAGACUACGUCCAGGACAAGGCACACUGGGAUGUCUUAUCCUGUGAGAAAUUCCUGGACGCCUCUCAGACGAGUCUGGUGGGAAGGCUCAUUUGGCUUCCAAACCUUCCCAUAGUACCAGAAAAAAUCCGUCGUCGGUAUGGGCAAUACUGUCUCUUACAGCGUCGAGGGAGUGAGGAGCGCGUCUAA